UGUUCGGCAUAAUCAUAUCUCAGUGUCUUCCAAUCAUUGUUUUCCGUUUUCCCAGUGCCAUGAGUGUCGUCCAAUAGCUAAUAACGAUUGGAUUGGAGCUCGCAUUUGUCCAUCCCAUAUUCCGUAAUCCAUAACCCAUAAAACGUGACCGUGACUCGUAAACCCAACCUGCCCGACGAUGUCCAAGGCAGGCAAUCAACCCAACUCCUCAUCCAUUCAUUCGUCAUCAUCAAAAGCAGGCUUCAAUCAGAAGAGGAUUGGCGACAUGACAGCUCCGACUCCCCGUCCAAAACCGGAGAAACGCCGCAUCCUUGAGUUGCAUGCGAUUUUCCUGAGCCACGACAGUCGUGGUGACAAUAAGAUAUCCAUCCGCCACCUGGGCGACUGUCUUCGGGUGAUGGGUGCCAAUCCCAGCGAGGCGAUGGUCAACAGACAUGUCCGUCAACUCAAAGCCGCCACCUUGGAGCGCAUAUCCUUCGACGAGGUCAUGACCAUAUACUGCAGCCUGGGUAAACAUGGCGGCAGGUCGAGUCCAAGGAAAAGGCAGAUCGAAGAGGAGCAGUUCACAUCCUGCCUUAAUCUCUUCGAUACGGAUAAUUCCGGAUUUCUCUCCGCCGUCAGUAUCUUGCGUAUUUUAACCCAGAGCGGGGAGUGCAUGAGCAAACUGGAGGUGGAUGAACUGCUGAGGGGCAGGAUCAACGAACAGGGAAUGGUCAACUACAAGCAGCUAGUCCACGACAUUAUCAACGGCUAGGAAAAGGAAUAGAAUAAAUUAAUAGAAAAGCAUGGAAGAUAAUACACUCAAAGACAGGUGAAAGUUUGUUUAAAAUAAAUGUUUGUUUCAAGUCCCACGGAGGGAACAAA